CUGCUGCGUCUAUGCUAUUCUACUCGUAUUUACCCUUUCCCGAGGUGGCUCUUUCUCCAUAUUUGUUUACAGAUUGAUUAACUUUAGUACCUUCAUGUGGAUGUUUAUCGUCUGCUGUCUCCCCUUUAUAUCGAACUUUACGUCCGCUAUCGCCGUUAGGCAGGCAUAGUUCCGUCAAAAGGGCGGCUGGUUGGCUGGCUCCCAGCACGAAACGAAGUGUCUAUCUGUCUGUCUACCUAUUCCCUGUGGGUUCGAAUCUAAAUCACAUCGUCUGCUAUCUGUGUGCGUCCUUCCUAACCAACAACGAUACGCAGCCACUUUCAUGGUGUGUUGUUGUUGUUGUUGUUUUUCUAUACAGCCGUGCAACUACUGGUGCUGUUGCCGUCGUACUGGUUAGCAUCUGUUAUUCCUAAGGGCAGGCUACACUUAUUUACACAGUAUCCAUCCGCCUUCAGUAUUUUCUACCUACGGCAUCAGAGCCCGUGAUCGCAGGACUUUCUUCAGCCUUGGUGCCAAACACGCUGUCGUCGCCUCUUCUUCCAUAGCAAUUCGUGGCUACUGCUGCUAUAUUGCUGAGCUGUUGCCUUUAUUGAAGAUAUUGAGGGGGCCCUGCCCUCUCUGGCCGACGGCGUUGCGGUGGUUCUCCGUCGAUAGAGAGGGAGUUCUAUCUGCAGCCGGCUGGUAUUGGGUCGGUCGCCGUUGAUGUUGAUGCUCCGGUAUUCACGGUGCGUUUCAUUGUGUCCAUCCUUUUUGUGUGAACGAAUGAGCUGUGCUGGCAGCAGCAAAGUUGUUCAAGACGGCCGGUUUCGUGUCUCUUGCGUCCAGCAUACAACCCACUUGCCGUCGUUCGUUGCUAGUCGAAGAAGCACCGGGAAACUAGCGGCGUCCGGUAAUUACAACAGCAACAAACAAGUGGCCACUACGACAAAUCGUAGUAGUAGACGGGCUCGAGGAUAAUCAUCUGCUUUUGAGCUGUCUGUCUGCCAGUCCCUUCUGUGCGGUGUAGGCCGUGGUCGUUGUGUAUGGACUAACACAGGUGUCGGCUGAUUUGUUGCCAGUCUGUUUCGAAUAAGGAAAAGACAGCGCUUGUUUGAGAGUGCGAUUAUCGGCUUUGCGGAAAACGGAGAAACAGUUUCAAGUGUAUACGCGUGCUUACGUUCAGACAUUCUCGUACACGACAUUAAUAGGCAGAAAGGGAGAACGAGAGAGAGAAGCUAGAGUCUAAGGAAUUAUUUGCCUAUCAACGUCACUGGGGAGUGUGGGUAGGCAAGCCGACAACUGAUGACGGACACGGACAACUUAGGUUGACGUUUUUAGGUGAAGCGUUUAAUGGGCAACUGCUAUCGUGUCUAUGUUCAGCAAAUUGCGGCCGUUAUUUUAGCCUCCGGCUUAGCACCAGCGUAAGUCUGUUCCCGGAGGUAUAAGGUCAGAUACAGUGAACGACACGCAAACCUGUCUGAAGCAAUAACUCACGGGAAAGUCGCAGCAUCUGUCGCUUCGGAAGACAACCUUAAAGAUCCAGAUAUUUACGCAAAAGCUCUGUACAGGAAAAGAGAGAGAAAAUAAUGACUUUGAAGAUUACGAUGACGACCCAGGGCAGCACUGCGUAAAUACGAUGUAACGCUUCUUCGGGGAUAGCCCGUGGUCAGAUGACACAUACGCAGACAAAUCGAGCUACAAGUGAAGUGAAGCAGACUUGCCAGUGAUUCGUCUGCCGGCGGCCGAUCUUCAGGUAUCUUACGGAACUGUUGAGUGUGACAUCUUAAGAGAAAUCUUAAUACUGAGCUAAUAUGUCUGCUAAAGCUAUCUCGGAGGCGACGGGAAAACGUCUCUUAAAUCAGCACCUCGACUGCGCAGCUGCAGCCCCCUGCAAGUUUGCGACAGUCACCGAUCUUUCUCAGUGGAAUGAUGUCUUAGCACAAAAUCCGUGGAUCCAAAAUGAGGCACUUGUUGUAAAACCAGACCAGCUAAUCAAAAGACGAGGCAAGCUCGGGCUAAUUCACAUCAAUGGUGAUGCAAAAUCCGUACACAAUUGGAUUGCUGAACGAAUCAACAGGACAAUCAAAGUAGAGCGUGCAGAGGGUGCUUUGAAAAAUUUCAUUAUUGAACCAUUCCUGAAACAUUCAGAAGAUCAGGAGGCAUACGUGUGCAUUUACUCGACGAGGGACUCCGAUGUCAUCAUGUUCUACAAGCAAGGUGGAGUUCAUGUUGGCGAUGUAGACGCGAAGGCCCACAAAAUGGAGGUGCCCGUCUUUUUGCAAGAGGAAGCACCUGAUGUACGAGCGGAGAUCGCUGUCAAUCUCCUCUUCGACCUAGAUGAUGCUAAAAAGGCGCUGUUGACCGAAUUUAUACAGAAGCUGUACUCUACUUACGUAUCACUCUACUUCACAUACCUUGAAAUUAACCCGUUAGUGAUCACGAAUGGCAAGAUGCAUAUCCUUGACCUGGCGGCAAAACUGGAUGCUACUGCAGACUACAUUUGCAAGGCGCGUUGGGGAAACGUCGAUUUCCCACCUCCCUUCGGCCGCGAUGCAACCCCAGAAGAGGCUUAUAUUCAUGAUCUCGAUUCUAAAAGUGGGGCUUCCCUUAAACUUACUGUGCUCAACCCAAAAGGACGAAUUUGGACCAUGGCCGCUGGCGGUGGAGCUUCAGUAAUUUAUUCUGACACGGUAUGCGAAUUGGGAGGCGCAGAUGAGCUUGCCAACUAUGGUGAGUACUCGGGCGCACCAAACGAAAGCCAAACCUACGAGUACGCAAAAACGAUCCUCGGUUUACUCUGCGCACAUCCUCAUCCCCGGGGAAAAGUACUCAUUAUCGGCGGUGGUAUUGCAAACUUCACUAAUGUUGCAGCGACAUUCAAAGGCAUCGUGAAGGCACUGCAAGAGUUCCGCGAGCGGUUGGUAGAGAACAAGGUGAGCAUUUUUGUGCGUCGUGCAGGUCCGAAUUACCAAGAAGGUUUACGAGUAAUGAAGGACACCGGCCGUACCCUCGGGUUGCCGGUACAUGUUUUUGGGCCAGAAACACAUAUGACAGCAAUUGUCGCUAUGGCAAUGGGCGUAAGAGACAUUAGCCCGCCAGCGGAUGGAGCUCCCACGACGGCCAAUUUUCUUCUAGCGUCAGGUGGCAGGAUGCUGGACCCUCUAAGAUCAGAGUACGCGCUACUCUACCAUGGCUUCGAAACGGAGUCUGUUUCAUCGGGCACCACAUCUCCCGUCGUAGAACAACCCCGGAUGACCCUCAGUGCAGAUGCAGCAUGGUUCACGCCGCAAACACGCGCUAUUGUCUGGGGCAUGCAGUCGAAGGCCGUUCAAGGUAUGCUUGACUUUGACUUCGUCUGCUCCCGUAAGGAACCCUCCGUUGUGGCUAUGGUAUAUCCGUUCGUAGGCUACCAGCGUCUCAAGUUCUACUGGGGCCAUAAGGAAAUCCUGAUUCCAGUGUACAAAAGUAUUGCAGACGCUGUCCGUAAACAUCCAGAUGCUGAUUGCCUUAUCAACUUUGCAUCGCUACGUUCAGCUAAGGAAUCAACUGAUGAGGCGCUCAGCUGUCCCCGAAUUCGAACAAUCGCCAUUAUUGCGGAAGGCAUUCCGGAAAACGUGACCCGCAAAAUCAACAAGCUAGCCAAAGAAAAAGGAGUUCACAUAAUUGGCCCAGCAACCGUUGGUGGAAUCAAGCCGGGUUGUUUCAAAAUCGGCAACACCGGUGGUAUGAUGGACAAUAUUCUUGCGUCGAAAUUGUACCGACCAGGCAGCGUCGCUUAUGUAUCUAGAUCGGGCGGAAUGUCUAACGAACUUAACAAUAUUGUGUCUCGCAAUACCGACGGCGUUUACGAAGGGGUUGCCAUCGGCGGUGAUAGAUACCCAGGCAGCACGUUCAUGGACCAUAUCCUCCGAUAUGAAGCGGACCCCGAGGUCAAAAUGAUUGUCCUCCUUGGUGAAGUCGGCGGAGUUGAAGAAUAUGAUGUUUGCCAGGCAAUAGAAGAUAAGCGGAUCACGAAGCCUUUGGUUGCAUGGUGUAUUGGCACUUGUGCUGGUAUGUUCGCGUCAGAAGUUCAAUUCGGUCAUGCAGGCGCGUGUGCAAAUUCGCAAAAGGAGACUGCCAUCGCGAAGAAUCUCGCACUUAAGCAAGCCGGCGCUUACGUUCCUCGUACGUUUGAUGAAUUGGGUGAAAUGAUACACUCUGUGUUUCAAAGCCUUGUGCAGAAGGGUGUUAUCAUCGUCAAACCCGAGGUUCCUCCACCGACUGUUCCUAUGGAUUAUAACUGGGCACGCGAGUUAGGACUGAUCCGCAAACCGGCUUCAUUUAUGACGUCAAUUUGCGACGAACGAGGCCAGGAACUUGUGUACGCCGGCAUUCCUAUUACAAAGGUAAUGGAGGAGGAACUAGGUCUUGGCGGCGUACUCAGUCUUCUGUGGUUCCAGCGCCGUUUGCCGGGUUACGCUUGCAAGUUUUUCGAAAUGGUUCUUAUGGUGACGGCUGAUCAUGGGCCUGCCGUGUCAGGCGCACAUAAUACCAUAGUUUGUGCACGUGCUGGCAAAGACCUUAUCUCCUCAUUGACCUCAGGUCUUUUGACGAUUGGUGAUCGCUUUGGCGGCGCGCUUGACGCUGCAGCCAAGCAGUUCUCGUCCGCCUACGACAAGGGAUUAAUUCCGAUGGAAUUCGUCAACAAGAUGAGAAAAAAUGGUCAGCUUAUCAUGGGCAUUGGCCAUCGAGUGAAGUCAAUCAACAACCCAGAUAUGAGAGUUAAGAUUCUCAAGGACUUUGUUAUACAGCAUUUUCCCAGUACACCGGUUCUGAACUUUGCCCUUGAGGUUGAAAAGAUCACAACAAGCAAGAAACCCAGCUUAAUCCUAAACGUCGAUGGGCUUAUUGGUGUGGCUGUUGUGGACCUUUUGCGUUCUUCUGGAAUGUUUACUGCGGAGGAAGCUAAUGAAUACAUCGAAAUGGGCGCAUUAAAUGGUCUAUUUGUCCUUGGACGAACCAUAGGCUUCAUUGGCCACUACCUUGACCAGAAAAGGCUUCGCCAAGGUCUCUACAGGCAUCCAUGGGAUGAUAUCUCUUAUGUUCUUCCGGAAGCCGACGAUCCGCAGCUUCCGCUGUAGUUUUCGAUUCCAAUAUCUCGAGUGACGAAAAGGGGAACGGCUUUUGAGACUCGGUAAAAGCCAUAUGUCAUAUUGCCAAUUGUAUGCUCUAUCGCCGUUGCCUGAUUAGUAUAUGAGAAGUUACGCUUCCGCAAUAGCGUUUUCUCGUCGAGAACGGCAGGAGCACUAUUGCACACUCGUAAAACUCACGAUAUUUUAACUCUUUUUAUAGAUUACUUAUUAUUAUUGUUGUUGGUGUCUUAAUUACAGCAAGACACAUUGAAAACCAUUAGUUUUUUUUUUUUUUUUUAUUGAAAAACAGUAUCCGUCAAAUUGGUUGAUGAGAAAAUCUGAACACCUGUUCAACGUUUUUUGCGUACGACGUGCAUAAUAUCUAUUAGUAAACAUCCAUACGAUGUAGACAAUUACUGCAGUGAAGUAAAAUGUCUACUAACACAGAUUGAAUAAAUCUGUAAAAGAUGAUAAGAUUUAAAAAAUCCUUUAAAAGAGAAUGGUGCCAGUAUGUUAUAUUAAAAGUAUUCUUGUGGUAAUUAUAUCUGUAGAUCCAGCUCAGGCUUGUUAAUAUUAAAGUGGGACAAACAUUGUUUGUUUUACGAUUAGACGAAUGCAUCGCAUAACCCAUAAAAAGGUGCGCUACAAAAUUAGUAGACAUACAAAUCUCGACAGAAAUUUCAGAUACUAACCUUUGUUAUUAUAUUAUUAUUAUUCUUACGAUAGAUGGAUGGACAGUAGCGUGUAGCAACUUAGCAACUCUAUGAUCAAUAUUUUUAGCAUCGAACUAAUAACAAAUGGCAAUAGUGAAGAACAUAACUACUAGAACAAAGUAAAACUUUACAUCGCUUUAUAUAAACUCGUUAGGAAAAAAUGCGAUUACAAUUGGUAUCCAUGUC